CACACACACACACACAUCUCGACAUGCUGGAGCCUGGAGAACGACUGAUUUUCUGAUUUUUCUUCUCUUUCUUAACACUCUUUGGACACAGUCUUUCUGACUUCACAUGUGCAUGGAAGUGUAAGACCUCUCACACACCUCACUGAUGGACACACUGUCAGGAGACCUCCUGCAGAAGCUGGAAUAUUUCAACAAGAUUAUCGUUGCCCGUCGAGCGAACAUCGCCAAAGGGGCUACUCCGCAGUUGGACAAGAAGAAAGAAUAAUUAGCCUUUCCAAAAUCACAACGUCACUUCCAUGCUGCAAGUUAAACGCAGCGCCAGUUAAUGUCCUAAAAAGCGAAAGCGAAGGAGGGAGGGAUCGAGAGCAGGAAAAAAGUCCAGUGUCUCAUCUCAGGCACCAGCCCCAUGCGCCUCAUCUGUCAGGACGUCACGCUUGCUUGCUCAGUUCAAUUCUCAUUCCGCUCUUUAUCGCAGCCCGCCGGAGCUCGUGCUGAGGAAAUUAUCUGGCCUGAGCAGCGGUGAUAGGGAGACGCAGAGCGCGGACGGGGGCCGCCGCCGCUACAAGGUGAAAGCAAAGAAGGAAAGAAAAAGGGGAAGGACGCCAGUGACAUCAUGCCUUCGUCCACUAUGCAGAUCUUCGCCUUCAUUCUGGCACUGCUUGGGGUUCUGGGUGCCACCAUGGCCACGCUGCUACCCAACUGGAAGGUGAGCGUCAGCAUGGGCUCCAACAUCAUGACGGCGAUCUCGCAGAUGCAGGGCCUCUGGAUGGACUGCACCUGGUACAGCACGGGCAUCUUCAGCUGCACGCUCAAGUACUCUGUACUGGCGCUGCCCGCGUACCUCCAGACUGCCCGCACCACCAUGGUCCUCUCCUGCCUGCUGGCGACGCUCGGACUCUGGCUGGCAGCCCUGGGGCUUAAAUGCACUCACUGGGGUGGCAGUCAGAGCUCCAAGGUACAAACGGCGAUUGCUGCGGGAACGUGCUUUGUCCUUGCAGGUUUCCUGUGCCUCGUGCCCGCGUCCUGGUUCACCAAUGAGGUCAUCACAACGUUCAUGGACUCCAAAGUACCCCAGAGUGGAAAGUACGAGCCGGGGGGAGCCGUGUACGUCGCGUUCGUAUCGGCCGGCUUUCUCUUAGCCGGAGGCGUCAUUUUUUGCCUGUCAUGUCCCAGGAAAAGGGACGGGGCCACAAAUUGCGGGUUAUCCAACCCUGACAAGGUAAUAAGCCAGGAGCAGCAGAAAAAGGAGCGUAGAGAACAACAGAGCCAGACGGAGCCACCGGAGCCACCGGAGCACAAAGAGAAAGCGGCGCAGGAGAAACUCCAGCUGGAACAUCAGCAGCAGUACCACUCCCCAUCUCGCAAGCGACCUCAGGACACCAAGGCCCUUUACAGCCUGCAGGACUACGUCUAAAACCCAGAACCGGAAUCUCAGGGAACGAAGCUCAGGAUUUACACUCGGCUGUCAUAAGCGAUGAGAAAAAAGGAAGGAGGGAGGAGCGAUGACGCUGCCUGCAAUUUUUCUCCCCCCUUUCGUCGGGUUCUUUCAUGUACUCUGGUCGUGAGCGUAAGUGGAGCGUUUUCAGAACAUUACCAACAACUGUGCAUCCUCAGGUGAAACACACGCCGCCGCCGUCGCUAGAGAUAAACGCCGCUACACGCCAAAGCUUUGAACUCAAGUCUGCAUGUGAGCAAAAUUCAAAAAACACGAAAUGACAUUCAGCUUUAAUUCGAGUCCUGUCUGUGGCCUGGUAUCAUCGCAGAACGCUUAGCGAAUGUGGGGGAAAUACAAAGCAUGUUACACUAUUUAAACGAGGUGUGUGUGUGUGUAUGGCAGAACAAAAGUCUAAACACCAGUGUAGAGACGCUACAAUGUCCUGUGCGUGUUUUCCAUUGAGUCUGGCGGAGCUGAAACAUAUUGAAGCGCACAUCAUCUGAGGUAAUGAAGCUUUUUGCUUUCCCAUUAGCUUCGCUCCGGUUGGGCGCACACUGCUCAUUUACUGCACGUGAGCACA